AUGAACCAUAAGUCCAAGAAGAGUAAACUCAGAUCUUUCAGUGAGGCCUCGAAACUUCAUUUCUUACUGGGCAAAAGAAAAUCAUCCACAGCUCAGAAGAAAAGAAAGAUCUCACUACCUCUCGAGAGUGCUGGACGACAUGCGGUAGCAAGAAGAAGCAUAAGAGGAAGGUCCUCAUCGAACCUAACUCUUGAAAAGAGCCCGAAGAGUCCCUCUAUAAGUUUGCCAGAUAUUGUGUCAGUUAAAAUGAGUAGACAGCAAAGUCCUUCCUCCCAGAAGAAGUCGUCUAGGAUCCCCAAAGUAAUACUUGGAUCCAGUAAUGGCUCACUCAAUGUCCCGACUGAUUAUGAACCAUUGAAUUCGAAUUUAGGCGGCACAGAAGAACAUGAGCAUGAAGAUAAUCAAAAUACCAAAGAUUCAAAUAGCCUUACAAAUACUUACAGUCGGCGAAAUAUCCUGACUGGAGGGCGAAGCGUAAAUACGUCAGGAAACGCCAACGAAUCCAGAAAUACCACAGACUCGCAACAGGAUGAAAACAAAGAAAAUAGCGGGAUGUUUUCGUCUCUCAUUUCGGCUGCUCACAAUGCAGCUAGUCAUUUGAUGCGUAAAAGUAGCCAGAAAGAUCCGCAGGAGCCCACCAAUGACAUUAAUGAUGAAGAGCAAGAAAACACAGUCAUGUACAAACCUCUUCCGAUAGAGCAUAACCCGUCUUUUUUGCAACACCUCGAUUUUCUACUCUCCACGGGUCCAAUGCCAGCUCCAGAUUUGAUUUCUCCCCGGAGUAGUACCGUAUCGGAGAGGAGCAACCAUUUAAGCUUAGACCCUAGAUCUUCUGCUCUCCCGUCAGAAACUCCAAGUAUCGUGAUAAAUCCUGCUGAAAGCGAGAAUGAGUUAUCACGGCAAGCCACUGAGACAAUGUCUUUGGCCGAGAAGGUCAAGUUCCAACCCCUCAAAGGCGAGUCACAUAUUGCCACUUUCGGAAAGGGUAACCUUACCUUGGAUGCAUUAGGCAUGAAAGAAGACAACGAGCAACCGCUUGAGCAAGGAUCAACUAGUAGUGGUCCAUCUGGUCGGCCGGAGUUUUACGCGUUAAAUAGGAAACGAGGGAAAACGGUUUCUGUCAGUGAAAUGAAGAGCGAUUUAAAGCAACGGUCAAGCUCAACGGACACAAAUCUGUCGCUCUCACCAGUGAGAACAGAUCCAGCAGGUGACAAGGGUAUUAUCGAUGGUGAGAGCAUAAGCCCGAAAAGUGGAGCUGUGCCAGCAUCAAACAACACAAUCGUCGGCGAUGGUGGAGAUAAUAGAUCUAGAAAGAGAUCGAACACCAAGAAAUUCAUGUCGCGCAGGUCAUUUUCACCGAGUACCGCAUUAAAAAUAAUCCCUAGUGCAGGCCUGAGGAAUUCCUUCCACAGGAUGAGGUCUUAUAGCACUGGCGAUGACAUCUAUGUUGAGACCAGUAGCUUAUCUUCGGAUGAGGCUGUAUCAUCAAACUAUCAGGAAGAUGGUAAAAAACGUCUACUAAAGCUACGCAAUGUGUCAUAUGCCGCCGAAAAGAAAAACAACGAAUUUCACACCAUCUUUAAGGAAGCAGGUAUUUCGCCUGAGGAAAAACUACUGACUGAUUUUAGUUGCGCAUUGUCUAGAGAUAUCCUACUUCAAGGCCGUAUGUUCAUAUCGGAGAAACAUAUUUGCUUUAAUUCAAGCAUUCUGGGAUGGGUAACAACGGUAGUGAUCCCAUUCAGAGAAAUUGUCCAGAUAGAGAAGAAAUCAACUGCUGGUAUAUUCCCGAACGGAAUUGUAUUCCAAACUCUUCAUACGAAGUAUAUUUUUGCUUCAUUUAUGUCUAGAGAUUCGACUUUCGACUAUAUCACCAGCAUAUGGAAUCAAAUUAUUCUAGGUGUGGAUUCACAGCGAGUUCAUGAUGAUAUAUCAGACUCUACAGAUUCAGUUAAUGAGAAUGAGAAUGAGAAUGAGAAUGACAAUCAUGACACAGACGCAGAGACAAGAAGCAGAGUAAUUUCUCAAGGUUAUUCGAGUGAUGAAUAUUCAGAUGAUGAAGUUUCAAGUGAUUCAGAUAUGACUACUAGCGACAGAUCUGAUUCUGGUCAGAGCUCUUACGGCACGGAAACAACGGCAUCCACUUCAAUUCAGGAAAACAGCUCUCCUUCGACAGUGAGUACUAUUGGUCCUAGUAAGCAUGCACCUACAACUACAAACUUUUUGAAAAACAAUAACGACAGAGUUAUUGCUGAUACAGUUUUUGAAGCUCCACUGGGCAAAAUUGUUAAUAUCUUAUACGGUGAUAAUGUUUCAUUUCUGCGCCAGAUUUUAGAAGCGCAGAAAAACUAUGACAUUUCCGAGAUUCCUCCCAUUUUGGCUUCAAAGGAACGCCAAUAUACAUACACAAAGCCAAUUUCCGGGGCUAUUGGUCCUAGUAAAACAAGUUGCCACAUUACCGAGACUCUUGCUCAUUACGAUUUAAGUGAGUACGUGAAAGCUAUCCAGAUAUCAAAAACACCUGACGUACCAUCCGGUAGCUCCUUUUACGUCAAAACGUCGUUUUUUCUUUCUUGGGCCCCUAAUGAUGCUACCAAGUUGACAGUUCUUGCAUCAGUGGAAUGGACAGGUAAAAGUUGGGUAAAGGCAGCAGUUGAGAAAGGUUCAUUUGAUGGUAUUACAAGUUCCACGAAGAUUUUGAUCGACGAGGUUAACAGAUUUUUGAAAGAGUCAUCUACAAAAUCCAAGGAAGAAUCCGAAAAAAUUGGUUCAGAUAAGGAUGAAUCAUUGAAUCUUCCAACAACCGGACCAUCUACACAUGCUCCUACUCAACCGGAUUACGUGAGUGAAGACGGCGAUGUCAUCAUAAGCGAAGCACUAUCAUUUCCUAUUCCACUAGGAACGACUUUCGAAGUACUAUUUGGCAGUGACACCACUUAUUGUCAGCGUAUAAUAGAAAAGCAAGGGAAUUACGACCUGUCUGAUAUUCCGAAGUUCAACAAUAACCGAAGAGAAUAUGAAUAUACAAAGCCGCUGAAUGGGCCGGUGGGUCCCAAAAAGACUAAGUGUCUAAUAGAAGAACGGAUUGAAUGCAAGGACUUCAAUACCUAUGUUAUGGUUAGACAAAUUACAAAGACACCAGAUGUUCCUUCAGGGUCAUCAUUCGCUGUUCAUACUAAAUUCUACUUAUCAUGGGGUCCGAACAAUACCACGAAGAUGAUGAUAGUUACAAAUGUAGUAUGGACAGCAAAAAGUUGGAUCAAAUCCGCAGUUGAGAAGGGGUCCAUCGAUGGUCAAAAAACAUCCAUUGCAGUCUUGGAGAAAGAACUUCAAGAUAUAAUCAUUAGAGCAGGGACUAAAAAGAAGAAUGGUAAGAAGAGGCUAAAAAUAAAGAUAAAAAAACCCAAAGCCAGUAAGAAGAAACAACUUCCUACAGAAACUCCAACUAGUGAACGAAGCGGCUUCAUCGGGGAUUUAAUGGAUCUCUUCUUUUCAAGCCAAAAAAACAUCCCCCAAAACGUUGUAUUAAUAGUCCUAGGCAUUCUUUUGGUUUCUAUUUUCUCGAAAUUCGUACACAGAGGCCACCAGCCUUCGUUCGAGCUUGUAAAGCCAGGCCAAAUCGUAAUUGAUGGGAACUCCUACAAUUAUGCACCAAGCCUCGGAACUCUAUACGAGGUAUACGAGCAGGAAAUUAGGUCUGGCAAGAAAGGCAGGCGCACCAAUAAUGUUGUUACGACAGCCGAGAGUGGAAUUUGGAAUUGGAUUCAAGAUCGGGGUGACACUUUGCAAAGAGUUUCUUCUUCCGAAUUUCACGGUCCGCAUCUUUCAACACACGAAAGGCAGGAUCUUGAAGAAACCAUCAGAGUGGCAGAAAUACAACUGAAUGAAUUAAAAGCUCAACUGAGUAACUGUUCGUAG